AUGAUACCUCGAUCAGCGCUGAGCAGGCAGUUGCCUUGCCCCAUAGUCUCGCCAAUUCCACGGCGCUAUCUUUCUACGACCUCUCCCGCGCAAAACGCCAGUGCCCCGACCUCGGCGAACACUCCUGUACGACCCCAUGGGAUUGAUCCACGAUGGCUCACCAUGAUGAAGCGGCGAGUUGGCAAAUGCAUGAUGUUUGGUCUCAAACCAGCACAAGUGGACGAUGCAGGUAAAAUCCUGCAGCAAUUGGCGCGUGACUGGAGGGAAUUGAUCGCGGGCAGCGAGGGAUUCCUGACAGAUGGGAAGCGACGGGGUUUGUAUAGACACAACGUGGUCUGGGGAGAGAUGGUAAGGAAACAGAACCUGAGCAAUCUCAGGACGCACAUAUCUACUGGAUCUACUAACGCUUACGAUAUUUACUGUCAAAUAGGAUGUCAUGGUCAUGUCAACAACGUCAACUAUGUCAGAUACGCCGAAUCCGCUCGGGUGAACUGGACCCGUAAUAUCGGAAACCAUAUCGACGAAGCAAAUAAGAAAAAAUGGCUUGCUUUGCUCAGCUCAACAGGUAUUGGACUUAUCUUGCGAAGCAUUAAGGUUGACUACAAAUUUCCUAUGAAGUUUCCAGAUAAGAUCUCUGUCUAUCACAAGCUAGUACAGGAUCCGUCAGCAUCGCUAUCGUCGCAAUCGGCCUUUCAGCUGCAGGUUAUGAUCAUGUCGGAAGCCCGGCAACGUCCCGCUGCUCGUUGUUACGAGGAUAUUGUCACCUACGACUACCAAAAGAACCGGAAGACGCCCGAGCUACCACCGUUCAUCUUUGAACAGUUUAAGGAUAUUUGGGACCUGCAAGAGAAGGCACAGAAAGAUUGGCAACAGUGUAUUCUAGACAUUGAGACCAAGGUCCGGACUCUCGAAGUGGAGAGUUGGGAUCGCGCAGAUGCAGUUGAGGAUACAGGCUCGGCAUCGCAAUAG